AAGUAUAGAGACUGAGCAGGCCUGUGUGGUCUAUAUAAGACGAUAUAAAAAGGUUUGUCAGACGACGAUAGAGGCUGAAGUUCACCUGUGACAUGGGGAUGCUGUCGGCGGUGCUGGGGUUCACUUUCAUUGUGUCGGGGCUCGGCGCGGACACCUACGAGGAGGCCCUCAAUCUCUACAGGUCCACCUUUCAUGGAGAUGGUACGUACUACGGGGACGCUGGCGGGGGAGGAACGUGUUCCUACGGGGUACAAAACCCUCCGGUUGCUAGGCAGGUGAAGUACCCGGUGGCUCUCAACCGACCUCAGUUCUUGAACUCAGUCAUGUGCGGGACCUGCUGGAAGGUGAGUGCGUCAGGACAUGGCUUGGGCAACAACCCUAUACGAGGGGAGUUCCUCGUCUUUGUUGACGACUUGUGUCCGGGAUGUCAGGCUGGGGACCUUGACUUUGGAGUGGACGGUGAUGGCCGUUGGGAUAUCACCAUUCAAGCUGUUCAGUGUCCAGUGGGCUCUGGCAACGUGCAGUUCAAGUUCCAGGGGUCCAAUCCUUGGUACCUCAAGCUUCAGGUGCAGAAUUCGCGACUGGCGGUGCACAAGAUGGAGAUUGACCAUAACGGCUGGCAGCCCAUGAAGCACACGUCUGACGGAUUCUUUGUCUUCAACUCGGGGCCCGUCAACGGCAGUUUCCGAGUGAGACUAACGGCCGUCAACGGCGCUCAGAUCAUCGACACCAUCCCCAGAGUGGAAAGCGACAGCGUUUUUCCCGGACAAAAUCAGUUCCCACUGGACACAAGCCUGCCUCACGCCUAACUCCAUGUGCGGGAAGAUUCACAAGUCACGUGGUGGGAAUAUUUCAUGAAACAACCCUCGGCUCUUUGUUGAGCUCAGUAGGAUUCCCGUGUUACCGAGAUAUAGAUAUAGUUCAUUAAAAGUGUGUCAUGACACAGGAU